CCCGGAAACAGAAAACAGCAGGGCAGUGGCCGAAGAAGACUGUUUACCAUUUUCCUUUAUUAGCGAUUGGAAAAAUAACACAAUUAAAUGAAAAUAAACAUUGAUUAAAUGCAGAGUCUUGUGCAUGACUUUUUCUAUUCACAUCCAAUUUGAGUCACCACAAUGACAGCCAUCAAGCACGCCCUCCAGAGGGACAUCUUUACGCCCAACGAUGAGCGUCUCCUCAGCAUUGUCAACGUCUGCAAGGCGGGGAAGAAGAAGAAGAACUGCUUCCUGUGUGCCACAGUCACCACAGAGAGGCCUGUGCAGGUGAGGGUGGUGAAGGUGAAGAAGUCAGACAAAGGGGAUUUCUACAAGCGACAGACGGCCUGGGAACUGAGGGAUCUGGCUGAAGUGGAUGCAAAAGAUGCCAGCAAGGAGAACCCAGAGUUUGACCUCCAUUUUGAGAAGGUGUAUCGAUGGGUGGCCAGCAGCACAGCUGAGAAGAAUUCCUUCAUCUCCUGCAUCUGGAAGCUGAAUCAGCGUUACCUGCGGAAGAAGGUGGAGUUUGUGAAUGUCAGUUCCCAGCUGCUGGAAGAGCUUCCUAAAGCGGAAGAGUCAGUCCCCAGUGGUGAGAGUCAAAGUGUUGCCGGGGGUGACGAGGAUGCUCUGGAUGACUACCAGGAGCUGAAUGCCCGUGAGGAGCAAGACAUCGAGGGCAUGAUGGAGGUGUGCGAGUACGCCAUCUCUAAUGCUGAGGCCUUUGCUGAGAAACUCUCCAAAGAGCUACAGGUUCUGGAUGGGGCCAACAUCCACUCCAUCAUGGCAUCUGAGAAGCAGGUGAACAUCCUGAUGCAGCUGCUGGACGAGGCUCUGUCAGAGGUGGACACCAUCGAGGGCAAGAUGAGCAGCUAUGAGGAGAUGCUGCAGAGCGUCAAGGAGCAAAUGGACCAGAUCUCCCAGAGCAACCGCCUCAUCCAGAUCAGCAACACCAAUAACGGCAAGCUCCUGGACGAGAUCCAGUUCCUGGUGAACUACAUGGACCUGUCGAAGGGACACAUCAGGGCCCUGCAGGAAGGAGACCUCUCCUCCUCCAAAGGCAUUGAGGCCUGUAUCAAUGCCUCUGAGGCUCUACUGCAGUGCAUGAAUGUGGCACUUAGACCAGGUCAUGAGAAACUGAUGUCUGUGAAGCAGCAGCAGCACCUGUUCACUGAGCUCAGAGAUACCUUUUCCCGGCGCCUCACCAACCACCUCAACAACGUGUUCGUCCACCAGCCUCGGAAGUGCCUCAGACUUUCCUCCUUCAUUGAAGGCCUUGGUUCUUCUUGUCCUGACUGUCAGUGUGCUGUGCUGGGGUGCCAAGUCAUUAUACCUCUGCCUGCUCUGCCUGCAUGCUUGGUUGCAGCACCAAUGGGCCAUGGCCAAAGCUCCGUGCUCUCCCAGCACAUGGCAGAGCUGACCCUGCCUAAACACAGCCCCCUACACAGGGACCUGCUACAUUACGCCAAGCUCAUGGAGUGGCUCAAGAACACCCAGAGAGAGAAGUACGAAGGCCUGUCCAGGACUUAUGUUGAUUACAUGACCAGAUUAUAUGAACGAGAAAUCAAAGAUUUCUUUGAGGUGGCGAAGAUCAAAAUGGCGGGCACAGCUAAGGAGGGGAAGGGAAAUAAGUUUGCCACGCUUCCGCGGAAAGAGAGUGCUUUCAAACAGGAAACGGAAAGCCUGCAUGGCAGCUCCGGGAAGCUUACAGGCUCCACCUCCAGUCUGAAUAAGCUGGCAGUGCAGGGCUCCAGCAGCAGGCGCUCCCAGUCCUCCUCACUGCUGGACAUGGGCAACAUGUCUGCCUCAGACCUGGAUGUGGCCGACGGGACCAAGUUUGACAAGAUAUUUGAGCAGGUUCUUAGUGAGCUGGAGCCUCUCUGUCUAGCAGAACAAGACUUCAUCAGCAAGUUCUUCAAGCUACAGCAGCACCCCACCCUGGCUCAGGGAGAAGUGGAGGAAUCGGAUGGGGUGGUGCCCUCCAGACAGACACCUCCAGGGGAGUACAGACACAUAUCAUCGACUGAGAAGGACAUGGUACGGUUGAUGAUGAACAAGGUCUUCCAGAGCAUUGAGACAGAACUUAACAGCCUCAUCACUCUGGGAGACAAGAUUGACACCUUCCACUCCCUGUACAUGUUGGUGAAGAUGAGUCAUCACGUGUGGACGGCAGAGAAUGUGGACUCUGCCUCCUACCUCAGCACCACCCUCGGCAACGUGCUGGUCACCGUCAAAAGGAACUUUGACAAGUGCAUUUCGGGUCAGAUCAGACAGAUGGAGGAGGUUAAGAUCUCUAAGAAGAGCAAGGUGGGCAUCCUGCCCUUUGUCGCUGGGUUUGAGGAGUUUGCUGAGCUGGCUGAAACCAUCUUCCGUAAUGCAGAGCGCAGAGGAGAUCUGGACAAGGCAUAUGUCAAACUCAUCAGAGCUGUCUUCAUGAAUGUGGAGAAAGUGGCCAAUGAGAGUCAGAAGACGCCCCGUGACGUGGUGAUGAUGGAGAACUUCCACCACAUCUUCUCCACACUGUCCCACCUUAAGAUCUCCUGCCUGGAGACAGAGAGGCGAGAGGCCAAACACAAGUACACAGACCACCUGCAGUCCUAUGUCAUCAACUCCCUGGGACAGCCCCUAGAGAAACUCAAUCACUUCUUUGAGGGAGUGGAGGCACGUGUGGCCCAGGGCGUACGUGAGGAUGAGGUGAGCUACCAGCUGGCGUUCAACAAACAGGAGCUGCGUAAAGUGAUAAAGGAGUACCCCGGCAAGGAGGUAAAGAAGGGACUGGACAACCUGUACAAGAAGGUGGACAAGCAUCUGUGUGAGGAAGAGAGCCUGUUACAGGUGGUGUGGCAUUCCAUGCAGGAUGAGUUCAUCCGUCAGUACAAGCACUUUGAAGGCUUGAUUGGCCGUUGCUACCCUGGGUCUGGAAUUACCAUGGAGUUUACCAUUGGAGACAUGUUGGAGUACUUCUCAAGCAUUGCUCAAUCACAUUAAGUGUGUGUGUGUGUGUGUGUGUGUGUGUGUGUGUGUACGUACUGAACAAAAAUAUAAAUGCAACCAUUUCAAAGACUUUACUGAGUUACAGUUCAUAUUAGGAAAUCAGUCAAUUUAAAUAAAUUAAUUAGGCCCUAAUCUAUGGAUUCCAUAUGACUGGGAAUACAAAUAUGCAUCUGUUGGUUAGAUACCUUUAAAAAAUAAAAUAAAAAGUAGGGGCGUGGAUCAGAAAACCAGUCAGUAUCUGGUGUGACAACCAUGUGUCUCAUGCAGCGCGACAUACCUCCUGUGCAUAGAGUUGAUCAGGCUGUUGAUUGUGGCCUGUGGAAGGUUGUCCAACUCCUCUUCAAUUGCUGUGUGAAGUUGCUGGAACAUGCUGUCGUAGACGUUGAUCCAUAGCAUCCCAAACAUGCUCAAUGGGUGACAUGUCUGGUGAGAAUGCAGGCCAUGGAAGAACUGGGACAUUUUCAGCUUCCAGGAACUCUGUACAGAGGGGUGACAUGGGGCUGUGCAUCACGCUGAAAUAUGAGGUGAUGGCGGCGGAUGAACGGCACGACCAUGCUCCUCAGGAUCUUGUCACGAUAUCUCUGUGCAUGGCUAUUGCCAUCGAUAAAAUGCAAUUGUGUUCGUUGUAUGUAGCUUAUGCCUACCCAUACCAUAACCCCACUGCCACCAUGGGGCACUCUGUUCACGUUGACAUCAGCAAACCGCUCGUCCACACCGCUGCCAUCUGCCCGGUACAGUUGAAACUGGGAUAAAUCUGGGGAGCACACUUCUCCAGCGUGCCAAUGGUGAGCAUUUGCCCACUGAAGUUGGUCAGGUUAAGACCCUGGUGAGGACAAUGAGCAUGCAGAUGGUCCCGCAGGUGAAGAAGCCGGAUGUGAAGGUCCUGGGCUGGUGUGGUUACACGUGGUCUGCGUUUGGGAAGCCAGUUGGACGUACUGCAAAAUUCUUUAAAACAAUUUUGGAGGUGGCUUAUGGUAGAGAAAUUAACAUUCAAUUUCUUGCAACAGCUCUAGUGGAGUCAGCAUGCCAAUUGCACACCCCUCAAAACUUGAGACAUCUGUGGCAUUGCGUGACAAAACUGCACAUUUAAAAGGAGCCUUAUUGUCCUCAAGCACAAGGUGCACCUAUGCUAUGCUGUAUAAACAGCUUCUUGAUAUGCUACACCUGUCAGCUGGAUGAAUUAUCUUGGCAAAGGAUGUAAACAAAUGUGUGCCCUUUAGAGAAGUAAGCUUUUUGUGCAUAUAGAACAUUUCUGGGAUCUUUUAUUUCAGCUCACGAAACAUAGGAACAGGACUUUACAUGUUGCAUUUAUAAGUUUGUUCAGUAUAAACAUUACACAUGCUCUUUGUUGCGUCAUAGUGCUUCACACAAAAUAAACGUUAUUUAUUGGAAUCAAUCCGGCGUUGCUGUGUGUGUGUGGCCAAUAUAAAGUAGAUUGAAUGAAACUGAUUGAACUGCACUUGAAAUUGUCUGGAAGGGAAUGAAUGAACAGUUGUCAAAAGGUAGUGUGUGUGCGUCUGUCAGGUAGCCUAGUGGCUAAGAGCAUUGGGCCAGUAACCAAAAGGUAGCUGGUUCAAAUACCAGAGCCAACUAGGAGAAAAAUCUGCCGAUGUCCCUUGAGCAAGGCACUUUAAUUAAGCCUGUAAGUCGCUCUGGGUAAGUGUUUGCUAAAUUACUUCUGUGUGUUUGUUCAUAUUUGCACAUGUUACUGAUUUCUCAUUAAAUUGUAAUUGUGUGA